UCAUUUACUGCGGACUGUUUGUUUUGCCAGGAAUUCCACGGUGUUGCGUCCAAAGAGUUUGGAAACGCAGCGGAAGUGCUAACCGAACAGGAGCGUGGAGCGGUGCAGGAGAAAGACUAAAGGGGACUCCGGUGCCAGGAUGUGGGCUCGGUGGAUUGUUGGAGUCCGGGCUUCGGAGCUCGGGCUGCGGGCGAGCACGGGCGGUUUGUUGCGGGUCUCUGGAGCUGGAUGUGCGGGUAGGAGGCAGCAGGAGAGGUCUUCCAGUGAAGAGGCUGCCUUGAAGAAGACCCCGCUCUUCGACUUCCACAAGAAGCACGGUGGGAAGAUGGUGGAGUUUGCAGGCUGGAUAAUGCCUGUUCAAUACAAAGACAGUCACAUCGCCUCUCACGUGCACACCAGAGAGCACUGCUCCAUCUUUGAUGUUAGCCACAUGCUGCAGACCAAAAUUCAUGGAAAAGACAGAGUCAAGUUCAUGGAGUCUCUAGUGGUUUCAGAUAUUGCAGAGCUCAAGGACAACCAGAGUACACUGUCCCUCUUCACCAACGAGAAGGGAGGAAUUAUGGAUGACCUCAUCGUGACGAAGACUGACCAGGGUUACCUCUACGUGGUCUCUAACGCGGGCUGUGCUGACAAAGACUCUGUUCACAUGAAGGCCAGGCUGGCCGAGUGUAAAGUUGCAGGUCUUGACGUAGAUCUGGAGUUCCCCGAUGAAGCGCUGAUCGCUGUACAAGGUCCGGCUAUGUCUCGGGUGCUCCAGGAGGGGCUGAAGGAAGACCUCAGUAAACUGACCUUCAUGACCUCCACUCUUGCCACGGUGUUUGGGAUUCCUGACUGCAGGGUCACCCGCUGUGGAUACACAGGAGAGGACGGGGUGGAGAUAUCUGUUCAUCACUCCAGAGUAGUUGAUCUGACGGAGAAGCUGCUGACCAACAGUGAGGUAAAGCUGGCUGGUCUAGGAGCCAGAGACAGCCUGCGACUGGAGGCGGGGCUCUGUCUCUAUGGCAACGACAUAGAUGAGACCACGACUCCGGUGGAGGCCGGUCUUGUUUGGACAAUAGGAAAACGUAGACGCCAGACCAAAGACUUCCCCGGCGCUGACGUUAUCGUACCUCAGAUCAAAGCCAAAACCGCCAGGAAGAGAGUCGGCCUGGUGUCCACCGGCCCCCCCGUCCGACAGCACACACCCAUCCUCUGCCCCCAUGGACAGGUCAUAGGUGAAGUGACCAGUGGCUGCCCCUCUCCAUGCCUGAAAAAGAACAUCGCCAUGGGUUACGUUGACGCAGCAUUCGCUAAGAACGGAACAAGCAUCCAGGUUGAAAUCAGAAAGAAAACACUGCCAGCAACAGUCAGCAAGAUGCCCUUUGUCCCCACCAACUACUACUCUGGAUGAAAGACACGCAUUGAAAGACACACUAACACAUUAAUUCUUUGACUGUCCUGUAUUUUAUAAUGUCGCCCCCUGCUGUUUCACUGUAGUUUUGAAAGACAUAAAAAACAAAUUAUUUUCUAAAAAUUCAAAAGAAUUGUGAGAUUAGAUUAGAUUAUUAAACAUUGAUUUACUUUAGAGGGAAUGUGCUGUGAAUCAGAAGUAUGUUACAGAUGAGCCUACAAACAGUAUUAGUCGUGUUUAAAACCGUAAACAGAAAAAAACUUUCAAUAUAGGUUUGUCUUUUUUAGAAUUUGCUAAUCAAAAUGAGCAAACUUACUACCUGAAAAACUAGUUGGGUGAUGUUGGAAUCAAUCAGAGUCUAAUAUUUAAAUAGUUUUCUGCUGUGGAAAAUUAAUAUUAAUUUAAUAUAAAGCAUUGCUGGACCAAAACAAACAUUAUUUCAAGUUUUCUAAAGUUUUCUUUAAACUUUUAAAGCAAUUUCUAUUUACAAAAAUACUGUAGAAAUUUAAAAGUUAUACCAGGGUUUGAUUAAAAAAAAACUCCUGUUCCGAGUUUGAUUACUAACAGAAAAACAAACUGAUUUUUGCUCUUUAUAACUCAGUUGGUACAAAUAAUAAGUACAUGGGACUUGGCAAUUAUGUGUUGGAGUCACUAAUGCAUACAAAGUAAAAUGCACCUAAAUGUAAGUUGCUACAACAGACAAACUAGUGGAAAGUAUUUCAGAAUGUGCUUACAGUUUACUAUUGCUUAAGUAUAAUGUACUUUGUCUCUUUAACUAAGAAACUAGUACAAUGUGUAGUUUUUACUGUUAAUAUCUGGAAAUAUUCAUGGAAAUGAUGAAAAUGAACAAAAAAUGUUCGGUUGUUGAAAAAUAUUGGCGGUUUUGUACCAUAUAACCAUAAAAAUCAGGUCUAAAGUACAUAAGGGUCUAGCGUCUUAGGGGGAUGCUAUAUUAGACGCCAUGUUUGCUUCUGGCUGGAACGGUUUUCUGCGCCUGUCGAUUACGUCUUAUAAAAAGAUUGGCUGGAUGUACGACUCAGAGAAGUUACGUUACCACGUUCAAAACAUUUAGGCAGUAAGACACACAAAUGUAUUAACAAAACAGCUAAAUUAUUUCCAAAACAUAUGUGAAAGAACAGAAAUAAAAAUAAAGAUGCAAUAUAUUUUGGCCGAGCGGUAUUGCCGUAGUAUGAGGACAUCAUCGACAGGCGCAGGACCUCGGGCACAUGCGGAAAGUACAGCGCCAGAAAACUAGCAUCAACAUUGCAUUCUCUGGGUGGAAUUAACCGAAGGACCAUCAAAGUGUGAGGAGUCACGCUGAGGUUGCAUGUUGCUGCUCCACAGGUAACAUUUACCGUAAAGUUUUUUUUAAACUAGCCGUCACAGCGAUGUGGUGUAAAACUACCCUCAAAUGUAUGUACUGCCCCCUGUCGUCAGGAAACUACACACUGCCACUUCAAAGUAACCGUAAGUAUUAGUACCUCCAAUACAUAAAUACCUACUCACGCAUACUUUUACUUUUAAGGGCAAACAGUUUACAUGCUUUUUUUCUAGUGAGAAGAAUUAAUCAGAUUUUACAGUGCACUAUCUAAUUCGAACAAAAGAAAUGGUCUGAUGAAAAAGUGAAAUGUUUUAGUAUUAGGAUGUAAUUUUUUUACAUGCAUUUGUGGCUAAAGAUUAAACACACUACAGAUUUAUACCUUGAAGUUAUUCUACUCUCUGAAAAGUUUAGAUUUUAUUGUAUACGUGAUUUUUCUUCUAUAUUUGUGUUUUAUCCUGUGAUGAAAUUUAGCUUUCCAAGAGGGGUUUUGAAUGGUUUCCCACAAUUUUUUGAACGUGCAAAUGUAGAAGAGUUACUUAGUGUUUGUACUAUAGUAUCUGUUAUGUGCUUAAACUAACUUUCAGGUUGUGAAAUUAAACAAGGUGGUCAGUUUAAAA